AUGGCUGAAGCUGCUGCGCCCGUCAAGCCUCAGGCCCCUACCGCCGAGUCCCAGGCCCGACCUACUCGCCCUGAUGAGAAGACCUUCAACGAGGCUCUCGCAAAGGCUGAGAAAGACCACAAGGCAUCCAUGGAUCGAUUGAACGCCAUCAAGGCCAAGAUCGACAUUGCCCUGCCCAACAAGAACAAGGACCAGCCCAACCCUACCCAGAAGCGACGCCAGGAACUCAUUGCUCAGGCCAACGAGAUCCGCCAGAAGCAGGCCGGUGGUAAGAGCGCCCGUACCACCAAGCUCGACCAGAUCAAGCGUCUCGAUGAGCAGGUCCGCAGCCGCAUCGCCGAGCAGAAGACCGCCAAGGCCAAGGUCUCCUUCAAGAGUGCCGAAGAUGUCGACCGCCAAAUCGCCGCCCUCGAGAAGCAGGUCAACUCAGGUACCAUGAAGCUCGUCGAUGAGAAGAAGGCCCUUUCCGAUGUUUCCAACCUGCGCAAGGUUCGCAAGAAUUUUGGCCAGUUCGACGAUUCGCAAAAGCAGAUUGACGACCUCCGCGCCAAGAUCAAGGAGAUCAAGGACAGCAUGGAGGACCCCGAGCAGAAGGCCUUGUCAGAACAGUACAACAAGAUCCAGGCUGAGCUUGACACCAUCAAGGCUGAGCAGGAUGAGGCUUACAAGGGCAUCUCCAGCUUGCGCGACGAGCGCUCCAAGCUCCAAGCCGAGCAACAGGAGAAGUACACCGCCAUCCGAAAGCUCAAGGACGAAUACUACGGCCAGAAGAAGGCUUUCCAGGCCUUUGAACGUGAGGCCAGGGAGAAGGCCAAGGCGCGCCGCGAAGCCGAAAAAGAACAGUGGAAGAAGGACGCCUUGAAGAAGGACGCCGACAAGGCUCUUGCCGAGGCCAGCUACCCUGCUUACUCGGACGAGAUUCGCCGUGCCAACAGCCUGCUCCAGUUCCUCGACCCUACCCAUAAGGCCGAGACAAAAGGCCCUCUCACCGCCGACAGUGGCCUGGGUGCUCAGGCUCAGCGAACUGUUGAUGACUCUGCUCUCAAGGGUACCAAGCUGGUGCGCAAGGAGGACCGAGACGACGAGUACGCCCCAGCUAUGAAGAAGGGCAAGAAGGGCAAGAAAGGGGGCGCCUCUGCGGCCGCCGCUCCCGCCAAGUUUUUCAACUGCCCUCCCUCUGUUGUCGAAGAUUGCGCUUUCAUUGGUGUCGACCCUCCCAUGGCCAGCGCCGACGUGCCUACCGUUGUUGAGAAGGUCAAGGCCAAGAUUGAGCACUGGAAGAACGACCAGGAGGCUCAGACCCAGCGAAACAUCGAAAAGGCUAAGAAGCAGAUCGAGAAGCUUGAGCAGGAGGGGGCCAACGGCGACAAGGUUGCUGAAAUCACCGAGGGUGUCAAGGACGCCUCUCUCAACGACAAGCAGGAGUCAUAA